UCUUGCUUCACUGAUUCCGCAGCUGCCCUCUCAGACCUCGUUCCCUUCUACCUGUUCUGCGGGGGGGCAUCUUCCUUACUCCUUCACCGACCCCCUUCCCUCCACCAACGGAAGAGGCAGUGAGGACUCAGCUUGCCUGCCUACAACCGUCUGCCCAGUUGCUUCCACCUUGAGACGCAGCUGUCCUGUCUGGGCUGAGGAAAUAACACCACUGCCCCCGUGCCCAAAGUCUCCGCAGCCACCCCACUGUCACCAUGUCCAACCUUCCUACCCCCAGCGAGCAACCCAGCCACAGCAGUGGUGCUGGUGCCCCUAGCAUGAUACGCAUCAUGGAGCCACAGCAAGUGGGUGUCAGGAUGGGCAGUGGGGCCCCUCCGGAAUGUGCCCUGGCGGGCGGCAGGAGCAGGGCCACCGGAAGCCAGGACCAGACUGGCGCCUGUAGGUGGCCAUCGCACAGGUUGCGACCCGAAGAGCAGAUGGAGCCCGCUGGGAGUCGCUCGGUGGUGCACUAUCUGCAGCGCCGCUCGGUGGGCGCACGGGGCCGCCCCAGUCUCCAGGCCUUCGGGGACCAGUUGCAGAGAAGUGCAGUAACGAGGCUGCCAGAGCUGCUGACCGAACGCCAGCUCGACCUGGGCAGCUUGGACAAGGUGUUAGCAUCACAGUGGGUGAAUGACAGGCAGGUGGUGUGUGGCACCAAGUGCAACACGCUGUUCGUGCUGGACGUGCAGACGGGCCACAUCACACCCUUCUCCCUGAUGCAGGACAGGAGGCCUAGACAGGCCUACGCACCCUCUGCUUCUGGCAUCCGUGCCAUCGAGCUGAAUCCCUCCAAGACACUGAUGGCCACUGGGGGUGAAAACCCCAACAGUCUAGCGGUCUACAAGUUGCCCUCCGUAGACCCCGUGUGCCUGGGCGAUGCUCCUGGCUUCAAAGACUGGAUCACCUCGAUCGCGUGGAUCAGUGACACUGUGGUGGUGAGUGCCUCCUGGGAUGGGACCUUGUUGCUAUGGGAAGUGCAUCCUGACAUGUUCAUGGGCAGCACUGUGGGGCAAAAUAUGCAGGGGCUUCCAGUGUAUGCCCACAUGUGUCCCAGAGACAGAGUGAUCAUCCCUGGAUCCAACAUCCGUUAUGGCACCUCCAAAGUGCAAGCCCUGGCCUUCAGUGGCAAGAGGCAUGAACUGGGAGCAGUGUCCGUGGAUGGCUACUUCCACCUGUGGAGAGCGCAUAGCACCCUGUCCAGGCUGCACUCAUUUAGCCUGCCCUUUGACAAUCAAAAUAUGUGCCUGACCUACUGCGAUGACUUUUCCUUGUAUGCGGUGGGCUCACAAUCUAGUGUCUGUUUAUUGGAUCUGCGCCAAGGUCACCUGAAUGCCGGGGUCCAACCCGUGUGUAGCAUAGACGCUGGCAUUGGUGUGCAUUCGAUAAGCUCCUACCAGCAUAUUAUUACAAUGGGCACAGGCCACGGCUGCCUGUUCUUCUUUGACAUCCGUGCUCAGAAGUUGUUGAUGGAGAGGUCUGUCACCAGUCCGGACUCCUUUCCUGAGCCCUCAGGCAGGAAGCUCAGACUCAUGUGUGGCAAAGGUCGUCUGAAUCCUGAUGACCUCUGGAUGAAUGAUUUCUGGGGCAUGGAAGAGAUCCUUUAUUCGGUCUACACGCACUGCUACAACUGGCCCGAGAUGAAGCUCUUCGUAGGC